AUGGUAGGGCAUGUUGUUUCGCCAGAAGAUGAUCGAGAGCUCUGUGGCGAAGAUGUUCCGAUCCUUUUGGAAGGCCGCAGGAUCCAGCCUGGGCCUGGAGAUGGACCUUUCGAAUUUGAUUCCAGCUCAGCCACUGUUUUACCAAAAAAAAGCCGUCAUCGCCUGGUGAUUACCCUGGUUGCGAUAAUGCUCACCUUUGAGAUCGGAGGUCAGAUGAUCCCAGGCCCUAUGGUACGCAUUAUCGAAGCCAUCGUCUGUGAUGACUAUUGGCGUGCACACGACGCAAGCCGGCUCCCGCCUUCGGGCCAUGUAACAGAGCAGCUAUGUAAGAUAGAAGAGGUGCAGGCGGAAGUCACAACUGUUAAGGGUUAUAAGGAUUUCCUCGAGGGGCUACUCUGCGUCCUCUGCGCUAUCCCGUACGGUCUAUUGGCGGAUCGAUAUGGACGCAGGCGAGCCAUUCGUCUUACCAUUCUUGGAUUUCUCAUGAAUGCAAUCAUCACUAAUUCCGUACUGUGGUUCUCUGAUAUCUUCCCUCUCAGGGCUAUCUGGCUCGCACCGCUGAGCUGGACUAUUGGGGGAGGACCAGCUAUUGCAAUGGCGGUGAUAUGGACAAUGUUGGCCGAUCCCACGACAGAUUCAAACCGUGCGAUACUCUUCUUCCGGGUUGGAGUCACCAGUGAGAUUGCUACUUUCCUCGCCGGCGCCAUAAGCGCGCAACUCAUGGCCUUUGACCCUUGGAUUCCGAUGAUGAUCGGUUGUGGAAUAGUAACUAUCGGACUGAGCUGUGCUUUGUUUUUACCGGAGACCAUGAACCAAUGCGUAACGAGGAAAUCACCAGUGCAAGGGGAUGAGCCAGGUUCCUGCAUAGGCGGCUUGGUUGUCGAUGAAGAACAGUCCCACUCCAGCUCGAAGGUUCUCCCGAAGCCGUCGAGACAUCGUCUCAUCUUGGAGAAGAUUCGACGGUUCCUCAACCAUGACAUUUUCAUCUUCGACCACCGGGUCCUUUUGCUACUCUUCGCCUUUGCCAUUUCCCAGCUCGCUCUGGGUUCCACUGCGUACUUGGCUCAGUAUAUCUCUACAAGCUUCAGCUGGACCUUAGCACAGGCCAACCUCCUCAAAUCCUUCCACGCAGCUGCUACCAUCCCCGUGUACCUGUUCCUUCUUCCGUAUCUUUCAACGCACGUUUUGCAUUACCUAUCGCUGCUUAGAAGGGAUCUUUACCUCGCGCGUAUGAGUAUUAUCUGUCUGGCUGUUGGAUCACUCGGUGUUGGUCUUGCGCCGCACAUCAUCUUUUUGGUUCCAAGCCUUUGCCUGCACGCGGCUGGAGGAGGUUUCCCCAUUGUCGCACGGUCUCUGGCUACAGCCUUGGUAGAGAGGGACAAAACAGCAAGAUUGUUCUCAACAAUCGAGAUAUUACAGUCGGUGGGAAGUGUGUUGGGGAGUCUCUGUUUCACAAAUGUAUUCACGCUUGGGUUGAGACUGAGCGGGGCAUGGAUCGGGCUGGUGUGGAUAAUGAGCAGUCUGCUCUUUGCAUUGGUGGGGAUUGCACUUAUGAUGCUUCGAGUAUAA